UUUUUAAGCAAAACAAGCUAUGAUAAAGAUUGUAUAUAUAAUUCAAAUUCGCAAUUGCACAGCACGAACGCAAAUCCCAGAAUUUCUGUGCCAAAUCACAUGGCCCAUUAUAAUUUAAUAAUUGAUUCCAGCUAUAAGUUACGGGCUAAUGAGGCCGCAAUAAGAAAUUCAUUAAAUCAAGAGUCCAAUAUACUUUUUUCAAAAAUAACGAAUGUUGCCGAUCUUUAUCCUGGAACACAUAACAUUACGUCCUAUAAUUCCGGAUACCCACUUAAAUAUACUGACGAAUGUUCAAGUAUAAGCGAUAAAUCCAAACAAAGACGAAUACGUACAACCUUUACAUCAAGCCAACUAAAUGAACUAGAAAAAAUAUUUUUGGAAACUCACUAUCCAGAUAUAUAUACAAGGGAAGAAAUUGCAUCAAAAUUGCAUUUGACGGAGGCGAGAGUACAGGUUUGGUUCCAGAAUCGUAGAGCGAAAUUUCGGAAACAGGAAAGGCAUGCCGUUUAUGUUAUGAAAGAUAGUUGUAACAAAAUGGAAAGGCGGCAAGACGCAAUAUCUGGGACUCAAUGUUACGAUGUAUUAAUUCCAGAAUCUCAAAAUUCGUGCCAAAGAAAAUGUUUUUAUAACAAAAUAUAAAACAUACAAUUUAUAUUAAAAUCUCCAACCCAUUUGGGUGUAGAAGUGCAA